AUGACCAGGCCUCAUAAGCCAAAGCUGCUUUUGGGCGGUGCUUGCGCCGUGUCCACGUUAGCCUUCAAAGCCUCCGACCGGGAGGAGCUCUCCAAGCUGCCGGCGGCUUUGGUGCUCCUGUUGGAGAUCAUCCAGACCCCGGCAGAUGAUCCAAAGCUGCGGCGGGCAGCAGUGAAGGCGUUGGGCUGCACGCUGGCGGCGCUGACGCCCCAUGCUCCACCUCACCACGUGCCGGAAGUGGAUCGUGGGGUUCAGGCGUUGAUCGCCCAGCUGCUGCAGCCGCCGGCGAAGCAGGUCCACACGGAAGAGAAUGCCUACAAGGACAGCUGGUGGAGUGGCGAUGAUGGAAAAGACGGAUAUGAUGUGCCGGUCGCACCUGUGACGCAGGCUGCGGCAGAGGCCAUCGGCCGCAUCGCUCUGACCACCAGCGCCUGGCGACCCGUGCUGCGGAGCUGUGCCAUGGAGGCCCUGACGAAUUGGAUUCGCUACGGCUUGCCGGACCGGAAGCUGAACAAGUAUCUCUUCUGGGCGGCCGCCGCGAUGUCGGGUAUGCCCUUUGUCGCGAAUGAGGUGAAGCUCCACAUGAACAGCGUCUCCGCGGUUGAUGCGGCCCUUUGUACCAUCAUCGAUAUCUUGGAUGAAGACAUCGAUGGUGAGUAUACCCUCGCAGGAGCUGACCGUGGCGAGGCGGAGAUGCCGGACCUCUUGGGCCUCAUCGUGCAAGCCAUGGGCCUCCAUUCGGGCGCGCCCGAGAUUCAAGCGCGCGGCUCCACGUGCAUCAGCUUACUGGUGCCUUAUGUGCCCUUUGCGAAGCUCAGUGCCGUGGCGCCGGUGGCCAUCGUCUCGGUACUCACUGGCCAUCGCCGGUUCCCCAGGAGGAUGGAUGUGAUGAGCGGUUCUGCUUGCGCACUGCGGGCCUUCUGUGAACUAUGCAGGAGACAUCAGGGCGCCGAGGGCACCGAGGUCAUCGUGUCCCGGCUUCGCCAGGAGGGUGCGAGCGAAUGUAUGGAGCAGGUCUUCAUGGGAUUCUCCCACUACGAGGAUGCCUCGGAGCUCCUCGAGGACGCUGCGGCGGUGCACGCGCAGCUCUCGGGAGUGGAGGCGCUGCUGAAGCGCCUGGCAGAGGAGCCAGCGACCUCGUUACUGCGGGUGGCCGGGCUGAAGGCGAUCUUCGAGGAGGGCCGACUCGACAUGGACUUCUUCUCCGGCCGUGCGGCCGCCACAGCCAUUGAGGCCUGUGAACGGAUGGUCUUGGAGGCACGCGCCGACGAAGACGGACGUAGGAGCCCUCGGAUCCACCCAUUGACACCACUCGGCUCCAUGAGGUCGCGUCCCUGGUCUCGGGUCUUUGUCGAGGUCGGUUGGCGGCCUUGGGGUAGCACGUGCGGUGGCUGGUGGAAAUCCUCCGGCUGA